GCCCCAAUCAGACUUACUUACCUAUUCGCUCGGUUUUCUAUGUGGUGGGAUUGCUGUUGUUUCGCCUGUCUGAUUUGGCCGCCGUCAGUGCUUUGACCACUGUGUAUGUCAGGCUGCUUCGUGCGUUGCGCGUUCACCCUGCGUAUGCCAGUGGAUUUGUGGCGUUAAAUAUACUAAGUUAGCUAACGUCUGCUACAAUUUCUAACCGAGUGAAGGGUAAUGUUAACUUAUCGACUUUCAAUAUAACUGGGUGCGGCGGUCCCCUGUGAAGAAAAAAGGUUUUUUUCACGCGGUGGUUGAGGUUUUUUGCCUUUUGUAUUUCUUCGCGUGUUGUGUGGACAUUUUGGAUUCAGAUUUUUUUAAAUUAGUUUUACAUUCUACAGGAAGAAACCGUGAACCCUUUAGCUCUUCAUGGUACUGCAAUGUAGCUAGCUCGUGGGAGAAGAUAUUUUAAUCCAGUUUAUCUUUACUGUUCCGGGAAGUUAUUUUCAAGCGUCAGUGCAACUCGGACAGAUCACUAUAGCUACCAACUUCGAAAGGAUUGGGCUCAGUGAAAAGAAUGCGCUAACUAGCGGGCUAGCUAGCUUGUUGCUAGCUAGCACUAGUUAAUAUUCAGUUACGUGUUUAACGCUAGCUAAGUGGAUAAGAAUUCAGAUUAACGGCAGAUGUUUAGUUCUUAUGUAGUCUUACUCUGAAGAACACUUCCGUGGAUUUUAAACAUCUCAUAGGACCGUACUGUCAAUGAGAAAGCGCUUGGAUACCUAAUCUUAAGAUAAGCGCUCGUGUUGCUGCGGGACCUCUCCUCUGCCCCAAACUGGGAUCCAGGAACGCGGGUCAUAAAUGACAAGUGCCUGAGGAUGACGAGCAAGCGGAACCUGUUCGUGCGGCUGGUGCCGUGCCGCUGCCUGCGGGGGGAGGAGGAGACGGUGACGUCGCUGGACUACUCCCACUGCAGCCUGGAGCAAGUGCCCAAGGACAUCUUCAGCCACGAGAAGACCCUGGAGGAGCUCUUCCUGGACGCCAACCAGAUCGAGGACCUGCCCAAGCAACUCUUCAACUGCCAGUUGCUCUAUCGACUGAGCAUGCCAGAUAAUGACAUCACGGUGCUGCCCGCGGCGAUCGCAAACCUCAUCAACCUCAGGGAACUUGACGUCAGCAAGAACAGCAUCCAGGAGUUUCCAGAGAACAUCAAGAACUGCAAGGUGCUGGCCAUCGUGGAAGCGAGCGUGAACCCCAUCUCAAAGCUCCCAGAAGGCUUCACCCAGCUGCUCAGCCUCACUCAGCUGUAUCUGAACGAUGCCUUCCUGGAGUUUCUGCCAGCCAAUUUCGGCAGGUUGACCAAACUUCAGAUAUUAGAACUGAGAGAGAACCAGUUGAAGAAUUUGCCAAAAAGCAUGCAUAAGCUGACCCAGCUGGAGCGACUAGACCUGGGGAGCAACGAGUUCGCGGAAGUGCCUGAGGUUCUGGAGCAGCUCACAGGAAUCAAGGAGCUGUGGAUGGAUGGAAACAGACUGACUUUCCUCCCUGGGAUGAUGGGGACCCUGAAGCAGCUGUCCUAUUUGGACGUGUCCAAGAACAAUCUGGAGAUGGUGGAUGAGCAGAUCUCUGGCUGUGAGAACCUGCAGGACCUCCUCCUGUCAAACAACGCCCUGACCCAGCUGCCUGGGUCCAUAGGCUCCCUGAAGAAAUUAACGGCGCUGAAGGUGGAUGAGAACCAGCUCAUGUACCUGCCGGACUCCGUGGGAGGCCUGACGGUUCUGGACGAGCUGGACUGCAGCUUCAACGAGAUCGAGGCCCUGCCCUCCUCCAUCGGCCAGUGCGUCAACGUGCGCACCUUCGCCGCCGACCACAACUUCCUCACCCAGCUGCCCGCGGAGAUGGGCAACUGGAAGAGCGCCACCGUCCUGUUCCUGCACUCCAACAAGCUGGAGACCCUGCCCGAGGAGAUGGGGGACAUGAGCAAGCUCAAGGUCAUCAACCUGAGCGACAACAAGUUGAAGAACCUUCCCUUCAGUUUCACCAAGCUGAGCCAGCUGACUGCCAUGUGGUUGUCGGAGAAUCAGUCGAAGCCCCUCAUCCCCCUGCAGAAGGAGGAGGACCCGGAGACCCACAAGACGGUGCUCACCAACUACAUGUUCCCCCAGCAAACCCGGACCGACGACUACAUCCCGAACUCGGACAACGAGAGCUUCAACCCGUCGCUGUGGGAGGAGCAGCGCAAGCAGAGGGCACAGGUGGCGUUCGAGUGCGACGAGGACAAGGACGAAAGAGAGGCGCCCCCGCGGGAGGGGAACCUGAAGCGGUACCCCACCCCGUACCCCGAGGAGCUGAAGAACAUGGUGAAGACGGCCCAGUCGGUGGCCCAUCGCCUGAAGGAGGACGAGUCCGGAGACGAGCCGGGCAGAGAGAGGGUGCACGUGGGCGUGCGCAACGUCGGAGUCAAGGUCAUAGAGAACGCCUGCAGCAACGGCAGAGCGCUGGAGCUGGCGAGCAGUGAGCCUGUGGACAGCCUGGGUAACAGCCUGGGUAACAGCCUGGCUAACAGCCUGGCUAACAGCGAGCUCGACCCCGGCGACACGCACAUCGUCCCGCUGAAGGCCUCCGACAGCCCGAGGGCCCCGCUGCACCGCGAGGACACGCUGGAGGACUCGGAAGAUCUGUCCUUCGAGGAAGAGGAGGAGAUGAAGAUCGCGGAGAUGCGGCCCCCGCUGAUCGAGAUCUCCAUCAACCAGCCCAAGGUGGUGGCGCUCAGCAAGGACAAGAAAGACGAUGGCAAGGACGCGGACUCGCUGCUGGACGAGACGGUGGCCAACAGCAACCAGAACAACAGCAACUGCUCGUCGCCGUCGCGCAUGUCCGACUCGGUGUCCCUGACCACCGACAGCAGCCAGGACGCCUCCCUGUGCACGCCCGAGAGGGAGACCAAAACGCUCCUGGAAACCGCCAACAGGCGUGAGGAUGAGAACCUGAACGAGCUGAGGGAGAGCGCCCCGCUGCUGCAGAACGGGAACGGGCCGGACCCGGCCCUGCCGACCCUGCUGCGGGGCCGGCGGGACUACGAGGCGGGGCCCGAGCGGACCGCCGGCGGCUUCCCGCUGUCCGUGGAGGAGCGGCUGGCGCUCAUCCAGAGGGGCGUGGACCUGAAGAACGGCGUGGGGGACCCCUACACGGCGUGGGACCAGAUCAACAUGAACGUGGCCGAGCCGGACAACGCGCCGCGGCCGGGGGGCGUGGCCGAGGACGCGUCGGCGCUCAACAACAACUACGAGCGGCCCGCCGCCCCCCAGCUGGAGAACGGGAACCGGCUGCCCCCGCCGCCCAGGUGCGCCCCCGCCGACCGCUGCGACGGGCGCCCCGGCGAGGCCCCCCCGCCCGCCGGCGACCUCCCCCUGUCCCGCAGCUCCGAGGAGCUCUCCCCCCAGCGGAGGGGCGGCCCCGCCCCCCACGCCGUGGUCAAGUCCCACAGCGUCACCAACAUGGACACGGGCAUGAAGCUGUACUGCGUGGACCCCGAGGGCGGGGCCUGCGAGCCCCCGGGGAGGGGCCCCGUGGAGAGGGGCCCCGGGGCCGGCGCGCAGGGCCAGAGCAUCGUGCGCAGCAAGUCGGCCUCCCUGCUGAGCGAGCAGCCCCUGCAGGUGUACCCGGGGUCCUCGGCGUCCUCCUCCGACCUGCUGUCCGCCUCCAAGCCCCCCCGGUACGAGGGCCGGGCGGCCGGCCCCCCCCAGUACAACGUCCAGUACGCCAGCAGCACCAUGCCCAAAGACGGCCUGUGGACCCAAAGGACGCCCGUCCCACCCGAGCAGUACCUCCCUCCCCAGCACUCGCUGGCCAACACCAACUACUCCAACCGCAACAACGCCCCGCCCUACCCCCUGCAGGCGCGGGGCCCGCCCAAGGACCGCCUGCUGGCCCCGGGGCCCCCGCGCGGCUCCCUCCAGCGGCAGGGCAGCGGCUCGUCCGCCGCGUCCGAGUACGCCACGUACCGCGGGCCCCCGCCGCCGCAGCAGCGGCCCCUGUCCGCGCGCACCUACAGCGUGGACGGCCCCGGGGCCCCCCGGCCCCAGAGCGCGCGGCCCCCCGCCCACGAGCUGCCCGAGAGGACCAUGUCGGUGAGCGACUUCGGCUACCCGCACGGCAGCCCGGGCAAGCGGCCCAACGUGCGCGUGCGGUCCGAGCACUGCCUGCUGGACGCGCCCGGCGGGGGCAGGGUGCCCGUGGACUGGAGGGACCACGUCAUGCGCCACAUCGAGGCCAAGAAGAUGGAGAAGAACGUGCUGUCUCGGUCCUAUAACCCCUAUUACGCCGCGGCUAGCGGCUCGCGCUACGGCAGCUGUAGGGACGUGCAUGCCAGCCACGGCUCCCUGGCCUUUAGUGCCGGGGACGGGAGGCCUCACGGAGCCCGCUACCUCUGUGACGAGGUUUUCGGGCCCCCCGGACCACAGGGCUACCCCAUGGACUCCCUGAGAAAAGUGCCUUUGUCCAAUGGCCAGAUGUGUCCCGUGAGCCGCGGCCCGGCCCCCAUGGCCCGCCACCCGUCCAGAGAGCAGCUGAUCGACUACCUGAUGCUGAAGGUGUCCCAGCAGCCCCAGGGCCCGCCACGCCCGCCACACGAGGUCCUGCAAGAGCUCCGGGUGAAGAUCGAGAAGAACCCCGAGCUGGGCUUCAGCAUAUCCGGAGGACUGGGCGGCAGGGGAAAUCCUUUUCGUCCAGAAGACAACGGUAUAUUUGUGACCAGGGUCCAGCCCGAGGGACCUGCCUCAAAGCUCCUGCAGCCGGGAGAUAAGAUCCUCAAGGCAAACGGACACAACUUUGUUAACAUUGACCACGGAUACGCGGUAUCUCUGCUGAAGAUGUUCCCCAGCACAGUGGACCUGGUCAUCGUCAGAGAAGUGUCCGCUUAGAGGAAGAGGACUUCUCAGGACGCGGGGAGACACAAAACUGAAUGUUCACUUCGUUAUUUUUCUACACAGAGGAGCCAGUUCUACGAUUAUACCUUUGAACUGAAUAUGGUGAAGGACAUCAGAGAUUUGUCAAACGGGACAGAACCACUGUACCGAGUGGUGCGGGUGGGGGGGGUGGGGGGAGGGGGUUAGGGUGUUGUGGGAACUGUCUGAAAGCAAGCACCUGAAACGGUCUUCACUGUGGGAUCCCCUGGUAUUUUUUUACUCUGAACGGAGAAGAGAUGGUGUAUUCCUGCUCAAAACAACCUGUGUGCUUUCUGUACAGACUUUUAGGUUUUAAUGUGUUUUAUUUUUUUUGUUUUGUUCUGUUUAAUUUUAAAUGGUUCAACCACAUCACUGAGUAACAGACUUCUGGUAGUUGCGCAUACAUUGUAGCUGGCCAGUAGGGGGCAGGGCUCCUUGUUUGCCGAAAGAUCCAUAUGCCUUUAUUUUAAAUCAUUUUUUAACUUAUAAAGAUGAUGAAACCACUUGAUAGAUGUACAGGCGAUGAGAUGAAGAGGACAACGUUAUGUGCAUAUUGUUGAGACGAAUGUAGUGCUGGAUUGAGCUUACAGGGCGGUCUUUCGCGUAGCCAACGUGUUCCGAAUCGGCCGCGUCUAAUUGGAAUGGCCAUUUUCCCUGUUACCAGCAGGGGGCACGCUUGAGUCUUUCAGACACACUGGCAUUUUUGCGGCACAGUAAAUGGAAAAGGGGGGGGGAAAUGUGUCGCGGUUUAAUUUCCGCCACAGGCGUCCUGCCAGGUUGGGUGCUGUGUAAAUGUUGCUACCGUACACCCUCCAAAGCAUCUUCACAAAAAAAAAUUUUUGAAUUGUAUUUUUUUUUUUUAGUUAAAUCCAUCACAAGGCCUUCUGUUUGGAAUUCCACAUCGUGGAAUGAGCAAGCGCUGCCUGCACUGAUUCAGGCCCCUGCCUGGAGCCCAUCGCAGCCACAAGGCCCUGUUCCAGCCCCGUGUUUGUGCCCCCUGUGAAACCCACGCCCCACUCACAGCAACCCACAGCCUUAACGGGCUUUCACCUCCACUGACCAGACUGCCUCUGUUCACAGCCUGCAGGAUGCAGUAAAUGCUCUCUGUAUGUGAAAGUUGUAAGGAUCGGAACAUGCGAAGGAAGAUACUGGGGGCAAUUAUGGGAGAAAACGAGUAAUUUGCUUGGCCUUAAUUAGCCUUGCCGGGAGUUUGCGAAGAGGAAGUUGGGCAUGCUAGGUAACCAAAGCAAGUGUCUAUAAAACUGUGGUAAGGUAUUUGAAACUGCAGAAGAGAUUGGGGGUGUGUCAGGGCAGUUUUGCCCACCCCUGUGACUCCUCCCACUGCUGUUUGGCAUGUUAUAAAGGGCUUCACCAUCAGGCAGCCAUAGCCAACUAAAACCUUUGAAAGGGCAGAGGUUUUAAAGGGUUUUGGAUGCCAUUCUUCAUCUGGGUGAAAAGACCACUUUGCCUUUCUAUAGAGAGAACAUCAUUUUGGAAAUCAUGCUCAGAUUUUGACUUUAUUUUAUGCGUUUCAUGUUUGUAUCUUUAUUUUACGGUACAUGAUAUGAAUAAGACAGAACCAUAUUGAAAUGUGCCAUAGACCUGGAACUGUUUGAAACGGGGCAGACCAGUCUCCACCCCGUUACCCUAGCAAUAUUCUCUGGUGAACACUGCGAACAAGAUGUCCUAGUGAGAAUAAGUGAGUAGUACAUUGGUCAGAUAGCAAUAGCCAGAGGUUGUGUUCUUGUGCAAAAUAUCAGAUUCCUUCUUUUUUAAAUCGAAAGGAAACCCUUUAAGUACUCCCUUGUUGUUAUACAGGAUUUUAUAUUAUUAAAACUUUUUUAAUGAAAACUUAGAAGAUGAAAUUUCUGAAUUGUUUAUUUGAAAACAUUUAAAAAGACUUCAUAGCGUGACAUUUGGCUGAGAUUUUUAUAAAUACCCAUGCUACAGGUGUUCUGCAGCUCUGUCUUCAGUGUUCCCCUGGUGUGUCUCUCUUGUGCUUAGAGUCUGAAUGGAAAUUUCAAAGGCCUCACUUGCUGGCCUACUAAUGGUGUCCACACAGAGCAGUCUGUGAUUUGCCCUGGUGCAAAUGCAGAGUUGGCACAAAGCAUUCAAAAGUGAAUUUGAUGAAGGCCACAAAUCUUUAAAACUGACCAUUUUGAUGUGUAGUUUAUUUUUAUUUUUUUAAAGCUAUGUUUACGUACAACUAGUUUAAUCACACAUGACAGGCACCAAUGUAUUGUUGGCACGAAAACAUUUUAAAAAUGUCAUUGUUUUUGCGAAAGUGCAUUAUAUGUUUAAGUGCGUUAACUGUAUGGAGUCAGGGCUGACUGUUUCACGGUUAUGUAAUGAAUUUAACAAGGUGAAUUACAUUUUAGCCACAGUACCCUGGAAAUUGUGUCCAGAGCAGAUAUUUCAUGAAAAUAUAGCUAAGUGUGCCUGUUCUUGUUUAAAAUAUAAGUACAAAAUUAUGCCAAUACUUCUGAUAACUGGGAUAGAUUUAAGUGAAAGUCUUGGAGGUCUUUUACCUUCCAAAUGUAAUUUGAUGCUUACCUGCUUGUUCAUGGUUGGGUCAAGUUUGUAUUGUGCACACAACAGAUAAUGGUACUGCCCUUCUCUUGUUAAAUUACCUUUAAAACUACUUUUUGUCUCCUAUUUGUGGAUUAGCAUCAAGUGAAAAAUAUUCUCUGUAUUAUGACUUCACCACUUGUUUUUUAAUUAUUCAAUAUUUUGAUUGGAGAUAUCCCAAAUUUAAUUGUAGCUUUAUUAGAAUACUUGAACAAUCAACUUAGAAUGGUCAUAUCAUGGGGUCAAUUUGGCUUCUCUCUGUAAAAGCUGUAACCUUUGGCUUAAAUAUGUGACCCAUGCAUAGACUUACAUUCAUUCAAUUAAAAAAAAAAAAACCAAUGAAAACCAGAACACUUUCAUAUUGUAGGCUAUUGUGCUGUAUGCUCUAUGCUUUCUGUCUCUCACUAGGAAUAUUCAGAUGAAGUUCCCGGGGUGAAAGUGGUCUGUUUUAUAUUGAUAGUAAAAGGAGCUAUUCAGCAUACAGUGUAGACAAUCUUGGAACGGAGUCUGGGGUCGCAUCUCUCUUACCAUAUCGUUAAAGAACAUUUUAAUAUUUCCCUGAUGUCCCCACACAUAUUUUUUUAUUUAUUUAGCACAUUCUGUUUCUAUGAUUUUAGAUUACUAAUCAAAAUGUAAAUACUUUUAAAAUGUUAAAAAAUGAAAUAAUCAUGGCAUUAGUUUAUAAAAACCAGCAAUAAAUUGCAAUGCUGAAAACAGCCCUUUUAAUGUAUAACAAUUUCAAAGGUUUAUUUGGAAGUGGUUACAAUGAGAGAUGAUUGAUAUGCAUUUAUUCAACAUUCCAGAUUUUGUACAUAUUUACUGUUUCUGAGGUAACCUGUGGAAAAUAAACAGACUAAUGCUCUUUAAA